AUUGCUGGAGCGGAUUGAUUCGGAGCUUUCGUUCCUGCUGGAGAAGUCCAUCACUAGGUGAAAAAUUCUGCUCAAAGCUGUUAAUCGAAAGCCAGCCAUUUGCGGUGCCUGUUCUCUGUCUGAUCGAGCCGGUGUCGCAAGGAUAAAAGAUUCAUACCAUCAUGUUUGCCGGACUACUGGAUGCCGCACGGAACUCACCCUUCCGCACACCGUUCACACGUGUCCAUUGUGACGAUGGUACUACCAGCACGGAAAAGGCCGUCGUACCGGGCCGUUCGGUUCAGGCUGCCUCAGCAACCCGUGAGGUAGAGUUCGGUUCGAACGAAUUCUACGGUCUGUGUGCGGUCGGAGGUAUCCUGUCGUGUGGCAUCACCCACACGGCCGUUGUGCCGCUCGAUCUGGUCAAAUGUCGGCUACAGGUUGACCAGGCCAAGUAUAAGAAUUUGUUCCACGGAUUCAAGGUCACCAUCGCGGAGGAGGGUGCACGCGGUCUCGCCAAAGGAUGGGCACCGACCUUCUUCGGUUAUUCGGCACAGGGUGCCUUCAAAUUCGGGCUGUAUGAAGUAUUCAAAAUUCAGUACGCUGGCAUGAUCGGCGAAGAGAAUGCCUACCUCUACCGUACCUGGGUGUAUCUGGCAGCAUCGGCUUCGGCCGAAUUUUUCGCCGACAUUGCACUAGCACCAUUGGAGGCGGCCAAGGUCAAGAUCCAAACCAUGCCAGGAUACGCCAACACGAUGCGACAAGCCAUGCCCAAGAUGAUGGGCGAGGAAGGCGUUAUGGCGUUCUACAAGGGUCUGGUCCCGCUCUGGUGCCGUCAGAUCCCGUACACCAUGAUGAAGUUCGCGUGCUUCGAAAAGACCGUUGAACUGCUGUACAAGCAUGUCGUACCGAAGCCACGUGACCAGUGCUCGAAGGGUGAACAGUUGGUGGUGACGUUCGCUGCCGGUUACAUUGCCGGUGUGUUCUGUGCCGUCGUAUCGCAUCCGGCCGAUGUGGUUGUGUCGAAGCUGAACCAGGCCAAGGGAUCGUCCGCAAUCGAUGUGGCGAAGAAACUUGGCUUCAUGGGCAUGUGGAACGGAUUGACCCCGCGUAUCAUCAUGAUCGGUACGCUUACCGCCCUGCAGUGGUUCAUCUACGAUGGUGUGAAAGUUGCCCUCUCGAUCCCUCGCCCGCCACCCCCAGAGAUGCCGGAGUCGCUGAAAAAGAAGCUGAACGUAGAGUAAUUCUAGGCACAGUGAAAGGAAUUCAUUUCCAUUUUGUGAUGAUGCACCACUGUUAGUGGUUCUCGUGCUGGAAUAGAAUGGAAGGCCCGUCGAAGGCUGGAAGUGUUUAAGUGAAUAUGUGACUUGUGACGAAUGCAAAUGAAACGUGAGAAAAGAUUUUAUAGCGGAGAUUCCAACAACCUAAUGAUAUUUUGUGAAGCAAUUGUCAUCGAUCGAUUGAUUGAUUCAUUCCGUUAAGGUAAUGUAAAGGCUAUGUUUUACGGCAAACGGCCGGAACUUCCUGUGUGAAUGUAAGUGUGUGUAUGUGUGCACGAUGGCAAGGUAAAACCGAAAUGUGCAGUCAUAGUAGCCGUAGCCUGGGGGUUGUAAAAGCUUUUUCGAGCCUAGCGUUCACAGUGCGACAACAUCAUCGUGAAUAAAGUCCUUAAACCGUGUGAAUUACGAUACGAUUAGUAAAUUUA